UUAUUGUGUAUUGCAGUAGCGGUGGCAGUACCAGAACCUGUGAUUGAACCUGAACUAGUUCCAGUGGUGGAGACUCAAGUGAGGAACAGAGGGAAGUCCCCAGCUAGCAGUCAUAACAACAGCAGCAGCAGCAGCCAGAACCAGGCGGUUGAGAAAAUCACUGCCAAUGAUCAGAUGCUAAAAGUGGAGAAAGAUGUUCUGAAGGAGCUUUUUCCUGAUAUAAACAGUCCAACAGGAAUCAGCGCUAGCUGCCGAAAGCCCAUCCGAGGAGCAGCUGGGCGCCCGCUAAUCUCCAGUGACUUAUGGAGUGAUGAGAAUUCCUGUCCGUCUCCAAAAACCACAAAGACCAGCAGCUACUCCUACACAGGGAGCCAUGCAGUCAACAGAAUGUCCAGUUUGAAUCCCUCCACCUCCUUCACAUCUUCUAGCUCCUCUAGUUCCUCCUCCUCCAAGCUUCCUGUUACAGCUCCAUCUGCAGGUCCAACCAGAGCAGUGCGGUGCAGCAUGACUUUAUGGAAAAAGCUGGCCCUGUUCGCUAUUUUGGCCACAUUCGUGAUUUUUGUUUACCUGGCCAUGGAGACAAACUCUGUCAGCCCAUUUCAAGCGUCAGACUCCAAAUCAGUUGCAAGUGGAACAGCAUAAAGAGUGCAUAUAUAGUUUGGAAGGGCCUGGUUACUGUCAAUGCCUCUACUUCAUUUUUAAGGUGUGAAUCUACAGUGUAGCCAAUUUUUCUUACCUCAAGAUUACCUGAUGUCAGAUUCUAUUUUUAAGAAAGUGUCUUCCCUAAUCAGCCUCAAGUAAAGGUCUAAGAAGUAAUGUGGUGAUGUUUGCCCCAAAUGAUCACUUUGAGCAGCUGUGAAAGGACUGACGCUUCUCUUGCUGUGUUGGUCCAUUCUUGACCCUGGACUUGUACUAGAAUUACUCACUGAUCAUUUUUAGAAAAAUAAACAAGAAGAACUUUCUUCUUAAGAUGUUUUUUUUUUUUUUUUUUAAAUCAUAACAUCAUCAGUUUAGUGUUAUUUUCGUAAUGAAAUGUGUGUUUCCCAUCUAUUAGCCUUAUCAGACUUAAAGGUAAAGCUUAGUUUUUUGUACUUGGACCAUCUUUGUUGAUGAGAGGAUGGCUUGUAAAGAAAAUCCAGAGGCUUUUAAAACUUCAAUUCUUGAUAUAUUUUCUUUAGGCUUCUUGUAAAACAUAAUUGAAUUCCUUUAUUUCAUUCUUAUGUAGCCAUAUUUCUCUCUAAAUAAACUUUAGUGUUUCAGUUUCCUCAUUA